AAACCUCUCCGGGCAGCUGAGCUUCCCAUCACGCCGCUCCAACAUGGCGAAAUGUGGAGCGUGUGGACCAGGAUAUGCCAGUCCUCUGGAUGCCAUGAAAGGUCCCCGGGAGGAGCUGCUCUACCUGCCCUGCAUCUACAGGAACACGGGGAUCCAGAAGCCUGACUACCUGGCCACGGUGGAUGUGGACCCCAAAUCCCCCCACUACUGCCAGGUGAUCCACCGGCUGCCCAUGCCCAACCUGCAGGAUGAGCUGCACCACUCGGGCUGGAACGCCUGCAGCAGCUGCUUCGGGGACGCCAGCAAGAGCAGGAAUCUCCUCAUCCUGCCAUCCCUCAUCUCCUCCCGGAUCUACGUGGUGGACGUGGGGACGGACCCCAGGGCUCCCAGGCUCCACAAGGUGGUUGAGCCUCUGGAGUUGUUCCAGAAGGGGAACGUGGCCAACCCUCACACCUCGCACUGCCUGGGCACUGGGGACAUCCUCAUCAGCUGCCUGGGGGACCCUGCUGGCAACGGCAAAGGGAGUUUUAUCCUGCUGGACGGGGAGACCUUCGAAGUGAAAGGCAACUGGGAGAGAGGGGGAAAGGUCCCUUCCCUGGGCUACGACUUCUGGUACCAACCCCGGCACAACGUCCUGCUGAGCACGGAGUGGGGAGUUCCCAAAGCCCUGAGGGACGGAUUCAACCCUGCCGAUGUGGGGAAAGGGCACUACGGGCGCCACGUGAACGUGUGGGACUGGAGCAGCCACGUCCUGCUGCAGGCCCUGGAUUUGGGAGAGGGAUCCAUCCCGCUGGAGAUCCGGUUCCUGCACGAGCCGGCGGCGGCCGAGGGGUUCGUGGGGUGCGCCCUGAGUGGGGCUGUGCAUCGCUUCUACAAGACACAGAAAGGGGACUGGGCAGAGGAGAAGGUGAUUGAAGUGCCCACCAAGAAGGUGCAGGGCUGGCUCCUCCCAGACAUGCCUGGCCUCAUCACCGACAUCCUGAUCUCCCUGGACGACAGGUUCCUGUACUUCAGCAACUGGCUGCACGGGGACGUGCGGCAGUACGACAUCUCCGACACCCGCCGGCCCAAACUGGUGGGGCAGGUGUUCCUGGGGGGCAGCAUCUGCAGGGGGGGCCCUGUGACCGUGCUGGAGGACAAGGAGCUGCAGUGCCAGCCCGAGCCCUUUGUCAUCCAGGGCAAGAAGGUUCCAGGUGGGCCUCAGAUGCUGCAGCUGAGCCUGGAUGGGAGGAGGUUGUACGUCACCAACUCCCUGUACAGCGGCUGGGACAAGCAGUUCUACCCAGACCUUCUCCGGGAAGGCUCUGUGAUGCUGCAGAUCGACGUGGACACUGAGAGAGGGGGGCUGGCAGUGAACGAAAACUUCCUGGUGGAUUUUGGGAAGGAGCCGGACGGGCCCUGCCUGGCCCACGAGAUGCGUUACCCUGGGGGGGACUGCACCUCUGACAUCUGGCUGUGACCGUUCCUGGGGCUGCUUCACCCCCUCCCAAACCUUCCCAAACCUUCCCAAACCUUCCCUUUUCCCCAGGAGGAUCAGGGCACCGGGAACUUCGCCCGCUCC